AUGUACAAAACAGAGCUGAAUUCUUUGUGCCAACGAAAAUCGUGGGACUUACCAGAUUACUCCUUCACCAAAUGCAGCCCCAAACAUGCUCCUGGCUUCAACGCCACCAUUAGUGGCGUCCCAUUCACCACCAUCGAUGACAGCACGACUCUCAAAGAAGUUGAGAAUAUGUGUGCCAAAAUCACUUUUGACCACUUUUCUCGUGUUUCUACUUCUUCUGGCCUAUACAAAAAUCGGCUACAAGAUUAUGUUGAAAAGAGAAAUCUCCCACUGCCUGAGUAUUCUAUUAAACAUGAAGGACCUCCCCAUGCGAUUCGACUCAAGUCUACGGUUAAGAUUGAUGGGAAACCCUAUAGAAGUCCUGAAUUUUCCCCGAUAAUAAAAAAAGCCAAAUAUGCAGCUGCAAAAGUUGCCUUGGAAUCGUUAUUAGUCAAUGAAGUUCAGGAGGAUGAUUCUAGUCUCUUCAUCAACUUACUUAUGGGUGAAGCUAGUAAUAUUACUGGAGUUGGGUUAGGAAGGAUGGGUGGUGGUGGUGGAAGGACUGGUAAUCCUCUAAUAGAUCCUGCUGCAAUGGGUCUUUCUAGGGCUAUUCUUUCAGAUGCAGCACCAAAUGGUUGA